GCGGCUGAACCACUGCUCGCUGUCGAUCACGGACUAACAGACGGAAAAGCUAGCUGCUUGCUAGCGCCAUAGCCAGUACGAAACACAAGAUUGAAAGAAAAUAUCACUGAAACGCAAUCACGGAUUUCUUGUGGGACAAACACACAGGCCUCGCUGCUAAAACGAUGCCUCACAACAGACGGUAUUCGUCUUCAGACAGAGACAGCAGAACGAGUUACCAGGACCGUUACAGGGACAGAGACCGAGACAGAGGAAGGCGGCGCAGGAGGUCGCCCACCUACUCCUCUAGCAGCGAACGAGACAGAAGACAACGAGGACACAGACAGGAGGGCAACUAUGUGCGCUCAAGGAGUCGCAGUUUUGGCAAUCGGACAGCAGAGCAUCGGCCGUUUGAGAGGAAAUUCUGCGAAUACCGGCGCUUGGACCAGAGUCGAGAGCGAGACCGCGACAGACAGAGGGAGCCACACACAGCAGCUGAAAGUUACUACCCUCCAGACUUCAGCACAAAUGUGUAUGACUACAGACGAGGCAGAGAGCGUGAACGAGAAGGCUCCUACCGAAGAGAAGAGUCCUACAGACGCGAUGACUCGUACCGGUGCGAUGACUCGUACAGGCGGAAGGGCAGCAGGCGUAAGCACAAACGAAGGCGGCGUAGAACCAGGUCCUAUAGCCCAUCGUCCUCGAGGAGCGCCAGCCGGACCAGGGCACUGAGUGUGAGGGACGACGAAGAAGGGCACCUGAUCUGUCGGAGUGGGGACGUCCUACAAGAGAGAUAUGAGAUUGUCAGCACUUUGGGAGAAGGCACCUUCGGGAGGGUGAUGAGGUGCAUAGACCAUCGCAGGGGAGGAGCUCAUGUUGCACUCAAAAUAAUAAAGAAUGUAGAAAAGUACAAAGAAGCAGCUCGCCUUGAGAUUAACGUCCUCGAAAAGAUUAAUGAAAAGGACCCAGACAACAAAUAUCUCUGUGUUCAGAUGUACGACUGGUUCGACUACCAUGGACACAUGUGCCUCUCCUUUGAGUUGCUCGCACUCAGCACCUUUGACUUUCUCAAAGAAAACAACUAUCUGCCAUAUUCAAUCAGCCAAGUCCGGCACAUGGCCUACCAAGUCUGCCUCGCUGUCAAGUUUCUUCAUGACAAUAAGCUGACGCACACAGACCUUAAACCAGAGAACAUUUUGUUUGUCAACUCAGACUUCACCAUGUCCUACAAUGUAGAGAAGAAGCGAGAGGAGCGGACGGUGAAGAACACGGCAGUUCGGGUUGUGGACUUUGGGAGCGCCACGUUUGACCACGAACACCACAGUACUAUUGUGUCGACACGGCAUUACAGGGCACCAGAGGUCAUCUUAGAGCUGGGCUGGAGUUAUCCCUGUGAUGUCUGGAGUAUUGGCUGCAUCCUGUUUGAAUAUUACCUUGGAUUCACUCUGUUUCAGACUCACGACAACAGGGAACAUUUGGCCAUGAUGGAGAGGAUCCUCGGCCCCGUCCCAUCAAGGAUGAUUCGCAAAACAAGGAAACAAAAGUACUUCUAUCGUGGACGCCUGGACUGGGAUGACAGUUCAUCAGCUGGAAAAUAUGUCAGAGAAAACUGCAAACCCCUGAGGCGGUACCUUCUGUCCGAGGCGGAGGAGCACCAUCAGUUGUUUGACCUGAUCGAGAGCAUGCUGGAGUAUGAGCCGUCAAAGAGACUGACGUUGGCCGAUUCACUAAAGCACCCAUUCUUUGAAAACCUUGUACUCGGGGAGGCGGGUGGCAGCAAGACCUGGGAGGGCAACCGCGACAUCAGUCGGUGACCCUAAAUAUCACAGACUAAACCAUGAAUCUUUUUUAUAACAAGGAGCAAAAACGCUUUCUUGGAGGGUUUGGUCGGAAAAGCAUGGACAACCCUGGAUCGAGCCUGCCCCCCAAUGGUCCAAAGUGGAAAGACGAAUAAAUAAACAGUUUUGGUGCUUGCAGUGGCGGACUGGUGUCCUUAGGUGAUUGUUUGUAGCCCUAUAUGCAGCUCCUGUCUUCCUAUUUUACUUAAAAUACAAUCUUUUACCUUUUCCGUCCACCAUCUUGCACAGAAGCAUGAAAAUCAGAAUGAUUGUCUGCCAACUGGCUCAAACAGAAAGAAUUACCGUUAUAUUGCAGAAAAAUUGUGUGGGAAAGGUCUGAAGCCAGCACAUGUUAUUACAGAAAACUUAGGAAAUAUCUGUCAUUAAGAAAAUACACAUUAUGAGAAACAUCAAUGCUUCUGUUUUCUGCAACCAGGAGAAUGAGAUUAAGAGGCGCAGAGAGGUUUCCAUAGCAUCUGGAGCGGAAAAUCGUCUCAUUUUGUUUACAGUUUAAAUUCAGUGAGCACUUGCGUAUUAUUUUUAUGUUGUGAGUUUUUUUUAUUUACAAGUAUUCUUUCUAUGGAGUUCUCAAAAUAUCCGAUCACUACAGGCUGGUUACCCAAUGAUUAUUGACACUCCAGGCCUCCAUAGCCUGUUAAUAGAUGUGUUAUGUUAAACUUAUUGAAUGGGUGUGUGGGUGACAUGUUUUAUGAUGUGAUUUUCCUAAUAGUUCAACUUUUAAGACACACAACCUAAACUGCCUUUUCCUUUGUGAUAUGGUCUGGUUUCUCAAUAGAACAGAUGAAGCACACUGCUCCUGGUUGUAACCAUUUGAAGCUCCUCUUUCAACCUCCUAUAUUUAUUUCUGAGUUCAAGUCCCCACAGACUGACAUGUACAUGACUUGUUUUUGUAUGAAAUUAAAGCGUAUAAAACUGUAGAUAUGUAUAAUUGUGUAGAAUUAAAGUUAAGUCUUUACCAAUGA